GUCAAAGCCGCACCAGUACAGGCAAGUAAAUACACACGCAUUCUGUGGGCAUCAGAUCGCGCCCAUCAUGGAGCCUGACACCGUGCCCUACGACCCUGAUGAGGCGGCCUGGUCCACCUGGCAGGUGCCCUCCUACUCCGCCUGCCAGAAGCAAAUGGAUGGCCAGUUCCAGCCUCCAGAGCCCGCGGCGCCAGCGGACGAGUUUGCCCCGACCAUCGCCUACGAGACCUUCGCGGACCCGGUACCGGGGGUGGAUGAUGGCACCCUCGCCUACGAUGGCAAUGGGCCAGGCGGAGUGCCCCAAGAAAGCCGGGGCAUGGCGUCGGCGCCACAAGAGGCGCCGGCGAAGGCUGAGGCUGCCACCCUGGCGUAUGGAGAUACGCUUGUGUUGGAGCCUGAGGAAGUAGCGAGAGAGGAAGCAGCGAGAGCGGAAGCGGCCAGACAGGAAGUGGCCAGACAGGAAGCGGCGGCCAGACAGGAAGCGGUGGCCAGACAGGAAGCGGUGGCCAGACAGGAAGCGGUGGCCAGACAGGAAGAGGCAAGACAGGAAGCGGCGGCCAGACAGGAAGCGGCGGCCAGACAGGAAGCGGCGGCCAGACAGGAAGCGGCGGCCAGACAGGAAGCGGAGGCCAGAGAGAAAGCGGCUAGGGAGGAAGCAGCGAGAAAGGAAGCAGUCAGAGAGUCCCAAGCAGAGACCCAGCAAAUAGAGGUGGGAGAGAUGGAGAAGGAGCACACGGUCGCAAUGCCAGAGAAGCCCGUGACAAGCCCAGCACCAGAGGAGAAGCCCACGCCAAAGUUGCCAAAGGCGGCGGCGAAGUCGCCGAAGGCGGCUGCGAAGUCGCCGAAGGCAGCACCGAGGUCGCCGAAGGCAGCAGCGAAGUCGCCGAAGGCAGCGGCAGCAAAGCCGGGGGCAAAGAAAUCGAGCGGGAGCGCAUCGCGUGCGAAGUCUGGACUGAAGCGCUUGUGGGGGAAGCAGCCACCGCCUCCAGGCUACGUCCCACCAAAGGCGGCUGCGCCAAAAAUCAAGGCUACGCCAGCGAAACGGGCGUCGGCGCCUGCCAGGCCUCCGGUGUCUCUGCCGGCGGCGGCGGGUCACCUGGUGCUUGUCAAGGGCGAUGGUUGGGGCGGUGGUACCGGCGAGUACCAGGCGACCGUGGUGGACGCCGACGAUCUGUCGCUCACAGUCGUGUACAGGGGGGAUGACAAGAGCUGGAAGGAGACGCAUGUCCUGCGAGAGCAUUGCACCUUUCUGGAGCCUGUCCGUGAGGAUACAGCAAAGUCCUCGCGCAGAAGGACCCAUUAGCUUCGGGGCUCUCAGGAUGGCAGCAGCACAGGGGUGUGCAGAAGCCUCGUCUCCUGAGCACAGCAAGCAGCAGCUUGCCCGCG